CAAAAUGGUGGUCAUCGGAUAACAAGUGCUCAAUUAAUUUGUUGUUUUCGCAAAAUUUGGCAUAUUGACAACGUUUUUUUUUUCAGUUUAGUUUUAUUAUAAACAGGGUAAAAGAAACAAAGCUAACAUAUUCGUGGUAAUUUAGUAAAAUUAUGAAUAUUUGAACUAAAUCUGACUCACUAAGCUAAAGAGAGACAACCCAUUCACUCCAAUUGUAGUUUUUACUUCUCUUCAAUAUAAAACUGAAAUAUGAGUUCGCAACAAGUUGAAAUGUUCAAUGUACCACUAUCCAGUGAUAGUGAAGCAGGUGACCUCGCUUUGCGUGGAAGUGUGUACAUAAAUCCUGCAGAUACUUCAAACCAAAUUGUAGGAUCAAGCAGUAUAGAUUCUGACAUUUAUGGUGACGAGGAAGAGGAAAAACAGCGUCUGAUUACACAAGUGUUGGAACUUCAGAACACAUUAGAUGAUCUGUCAUGCCGUGUGGACACAGUGAAGGAGGAGAACCUCAAGCUAAAGUCUGAGAACCAGGUCCUGGGUCAGUACAUCGAGAACCUGAUGGCGGCCAGCAGUGUGUUCCAGUCCACCUCACCCAAGGCUAAAAAAAGGUCUGGUAAGAAGAAGGAAAAACAGUAGAGACCAAGACGAUGUGGCAGAGUCAGGGGCAAGACGGAUUGGACCAUGUGCAAUACAUAAUAUAGAUUUGUUCAGAGUUAUUGUUCUUGUAUUAAAUUUUGCACUAGUAUGUAGUAUAACCCAUUUUUGUAUGUAUAAAUCAUCUCAGUUUGUAUAGAUCUGAAAUUUGCUUUUUCAUGUUAACAAAUAAAAGAAUACCGUUCACUUCUGAAUUGAUCAGUUUUCAUGCUUUCUUUAUUACAACAGUUAUCAUCUGGCUUGCUUAGUCUCAGAUUAAGUAGUGAUUGUUGUUUGUUAUUUAUAUUGCAGUUAUAUACAUACAGUUUAAAAUAAUAAUGAUAUUUAUAUAGCGAUGUUUACAUAUAGUAAUUUGCACUUUCAACAGUUCUGAAUUGGAUACAUGUAAACCUUCAAAGUAUUUACAUCAGUUCAUAUUGCAAAGGCAAAACAAAACACACUCUGCAUGCAAUUGCAUUAAAGUGUUGGAUUUAUUUUGGCAAGAUUAUACAGAGUCCUUGGUGUACACAGUAAUUGUAUAAAUUAACUUUAUUACCUGGAUCCAGAAAAAUCAUGUUGUAGUUGUGUUAAAACUGGCUUUGUGUGGUGAAAGUGUACACCCUAUGUAUAUGUAUACAAAAGUCACCUGUUUUUCCCCAUUAGCAUAAUAAAUAUGUAGGUCUUUGCAAAAAAAAGUUUAAUGUAUUUGCAGACUACUGGUUUUCAUGUUUAAUGAUGUGUUGUUUUAAAUCGGCAUUGUGGUUUAACUUGUUGUUCAUGGAUAUGAAGAUGUAAAGGACAAAAUAAUAUAAUACACAUUUUUAUAACAUUUUAGUUCAAUGUGAAAAAUGUUCCUGCCAUUUAAUGUUUAUUGACUAUUCACCAAUUGUAGGUGGCUAGGUUUGUCUGAUGCUCUGGUUAAUUGAAACUUCACUCACAUCUGUCUGCAGGACCAACAUGUGAGAUCACAAACCAAGGCCCAUAUUUCGCAGCUGCAUGUAACUCUUUCAGUGCUGGAACCGAAUUUUGAAGGCCUUUGCAAACAGUUUGGAUCCAGAUGAGACGCCACAGAACGUGGCGUCUUAUCAGGAUCCAAACUGUUUGCUAUUCUGAUAGUAUUCUUUGAAACAAAUCGAAGAAAAUGCUUAUUUUAAAAAUUCAGCAGACGACAUUUUAGCAGACGACAAAUUUCCCAGCAUGCAAAGGGUUAAGCAGAAUUGUUUGUAGUGUACGUUUUGUACUUAUGAAAUUCAUGUAAGAAUUUGUGUGAAAACACUCCUAUCUUUAGCUCAUGUGCAGGCUCAGCAUGUGGUUGCAUUUGGGGCUAGUAAGGUCAAGGUCACUGUUAUAACAAGGCUGAUUUAAUAGUAUUGUAUUUGGGCCAAGUUGGGUCAAGGUCACUGUUACUAAAAAUACGAAAAAGUGUGUCUCUAUAAGUAGUUUUGAUGGAGGUAUUAAGCUGUAUUUAGGUAGCUUUUAUGCAGAGCUAAUAUGGGUUGCAUUUGGAGAAAGUUGGAUUAAGGCUUAAAAUAGAAAAAUGAUUAACACUCAAUUACUUUAGAUAAGAUGGAGGUAAUGUGCUAAAAUCUUGGGUGAAGGUAGUUGACAUGCAGACCUUGCUUUCAAACUUAACAAUAUUGAACUAAAUUAAUUGUUAAAUUGUUGAAAAUAUAGUUUCUUGGCAUCAUCACAUUUCUUGUUUUAUGUUUAUCAGCUUUACAUUUGCUGUAUACCUAUAACAGAUAUUCAACUUCAAACAUUUCUUUGUGGUCUUAAUAUCAGGAGACUGAUAAAAUAUGUGCAUCAAAGCAGAAAAAUUAACUAGCACAUUGCCUUGGUUUGUUUGUAGUAUUGUAUGCGUGUUUGGUCUUAGUGUUGUAAAUGCUGACUGUAUAUUUGCAUGUACAUGAUGUAGUGUGGUUUUUUUAUUAAACGUUUUUUGAUUAUUUGAAAACUGAUCAAAAUUUAUUUUGGCUUGAAUAUAAUAAAAUUUAAAUCUA